GUGUUAUUUUUUUCAAGCAUCUCUUAGAAACAAGCACCUUCUCGUUGCCACAACGAUCAGGUGCUCUGAUAAUGAGGUCAGACUGCUGCUGUGGGCGUCUCCUCACUUGAAAAGGUUAAAAGACGUAGAACCAUAGUUUCAGCUCAGUUAGGACGGACUCACAGUCCGACAGAAGCAGAUGAUUGUUAGGAUUCAAGCAAUGUCAUAAACUGUUCUGUAAUGUCUUACCUUUAGUAUUACAACACACACUUGAGGAAUGGUACGUAUGAGGAAUUAAUUUUUCUCCUGUUUGUUGAUUGAGUACUGUUUGUGAUCAAUGCAUUAUCUAUACAAUGUCUGAAGAAAGCUUAAAAGGUUUAACUAAACUUUCAGAAAUCCUUUAACAAAAGUUAUCUUGUAAAAUGUUAUAAUUUUUGUUUCUUAGAGUCAGGAGGAUCAUGGUAAACGCUACGCAGGUUUUAUUUUUCACACUAAGUGCCUUUUUUGACACCGGGGUUUUCAAAUAUUUAUAUUUUAUUAUUAUCAUAUCUUUAUAUAUUGUAAUAAUUUGUGCCAAUCUUUUGCUGAUUGUGGUUAUCUGUAUGAACAGAAGCUUACAUGAACCUAUGUACCUUUUUCUGUGCAGCCUGUUUGUAAAUGAACUGUAUGGUAGUACAGGGUUGUUUCCAUUCCUUCUGGUUCAGAUCCUCUCUGACAUUCACACUGUUUCUGCUCCGUUCUGUUUCCUGCAGAUUUUCUGUUUGUAUGGAUAUGCAGCUAUACAAUUUCAUAAUUUAUCCAUUCUGUCUUAUGACAGAUAUCUUGCUAUCUGUUAUCCUCUGCAAUAUAACACACGUAUGACAUCUAACAAGGUUGCCCUGCUUAUUGCUCUAAUAUGGUUAUUCCCUUUUCUUGCAAUUGCUGUCUUGUUAUCUUUAAGUGCUCCUUUACAGCUGUGUGGGAACAUCAUUAACACAAUUUACUGUGAUAACUAUUCUAUUGUCAAACUGGCCUGCUCUGAAACUAGAGUCAAUAACCUUUAUGGCCUCAUUUACACUUGUCUUGUAGUCUUUGGUCCUCUAAUUUUAAUCCUUUACACGUACAUCAAGAUCCUUAAAGUGUGUUAUUCUGGUUCUAAGCCGACCAGACAGAAAGCUGUCAGUACCUGCACACCUCACCUCGCUUCCCUCCUCAACUUUUCUUUUGGUUGUUUCUUUCAAAUAUUACAGAGCAGGUUUGAUAUGAGCAAUGUACCCAUGAUGUUGCGAAAUUUUUUGUCAUUAUACUUUCUGACUUGCCAACCGAUCUUCAACCCUUUAAUGUAUGGACUUCAAAUGUCUAAAAUACGUAGCCUAUGUAAAAGUCUUAUAUUUGGUAAAACGUAA